AUGUUCUGGCCUGAUGUCACAGUCCUGGCUUCGUCUUAUGCCUCACGCCCGCCGGAUCCGAGAGGGGGGCCCGCCCUGCGCGCCGCGGCGCUCGCGAGCGCGGCCGCGGCGCUGCUCUGCGCCGCCCUGCGGCCGCUCGGCGGCUUCGUGGGCGGCGCGCAGCCCGCGGCGGGCGCGCGGCCUGGCGUGCGGCACCGCCUGCGCGCCGGCAGGGUCACCGAGGGCGACGAGUUCCAGGCGGCCCGCGACCGGAUCCGGCGGAUCCAGCUCGGGCUCGGGCCCGACGACCCGCUGCCGCCAGAGGACGAGCCGCUGGCGCCCGCGGAGCCAGAGGACGACCUCUCGGUGCAGAAGGGCGACCUGAGCCUCGCGCCGACGGGCGACGACGACGGCGCCCCGGCGGCGGCGAGCAUGUCCGGCGGCGGGUCCAAGGAUGAGCCGGUGAUCGACGCGUUUGCGGGCGAGGCGAAGGAUGUUCCCGAGCUGCAGCCGGAGAAGAAGGACGAGCCAGUGAAUCCCAAUAGCAAGAAUUUCUUUCAGUUGCUCGCAGUCGACGUCCAGAAAAUAACCGUCCCUGAAAUCGGGGAGGUCGCAACCACUUUCGGGAUAGUGAUUGGCAUUUCGGUUGCCUACACAAUUUUCGUUGCAGUGGUCGAUUAUGGCUCUCAGCAGGCCCUUGGAACUUUUUUCAAGGAGUUUUAUGACGCAUCCAGACCUGACGAGUCUGGGUUCUGA